AGACGCUCCAAGCUCAGGCAGUUCUGAAUGUGUCUGGUGUGCUGGCAGUGGGGAGGGCAUGGAGGUGGAAGGGCAGCCAGGCUCCUACAAACAUGCUGGAAGCUUUAGGGGGAGCCAAGCAGCUCCAAUAUACACUCAUCUCUGGGUGAUGAGCCCCAUCCAGUGGGGAUGUCCCGGAGAGGUCUUAGAGGAGAGAGUGGGAAACGCGCAGGAUGAGAUUCCAUAAGCUUUUUCCCAGAGGCCAGGGGUGAGGAUCCUGACCGCAGUCUCCAUGCCCUGGAGGGUGCUUGGCUGUGGAGAGGCUGAGCAGCUGGCUGCAGGGAAAGCUGACGGGAUGUUCGGGAACUGCACAAAGAUCAAAAUGCUGUCUACUGUGAUUUCCCACCCCUGUCUUCACCAAAAGAAAGUGAAAGCCACGGGGUGGACAGAUAAAUAGGCAGUGGGGAACAGCAGCAGAACGCAGCAAGCUGUGCAGAGCUCACCUCUCCUGCCUGGAGCACCACCGUCUGCAGCCCCUUCUCUGCCUGACUCAGCGACACAAUGCAGCGGCUGCACGUUCUCUGCCUUAGUCUCCUGGUGCUGAGAUGUGUCCUGCAUGUGUAUGCUGGCAACAACGUCCUCGACUGCUGCCUGCGGACGAGCGAGAAGCCCAUCCCAUGGCGGAUAGUGCAGGACUACAGGAUGCAGCUGGUGCAGGAUGGCUGCGACAUCCCUGCCACCGUGUUCAUCACUGCAAAGGGCAAGCGGCUCUGUGCCCCACCCCAAGCUCCGUGGGUGCUGCGCCUCCGAGAGAAGCUGGACACCAGCUCUGCCAGGAAGGUCCCAAAUCAAGGCAAUUAGGCUCUGCAGAAGUGUGUGCCCAGCCCCAGCACCCAGAACAGGGCUGACUCCCAGCUGUGAAUCUGAAGCUUGUGAAGCCAUGAAGCCAACCCUGCUUCUAUGUCCUGCUGUGGUGCACAGGACCAACCCUCCUUGGGACUUGUGUCAGUGCACAGCGCUGGGCACAGCUAUUCUGUUUUCUCUUCUCCCUUCUGCCACUGUUGUGACCGAGAAAGCAGCAUCCAGCCGAGCCAGGGGCUUCUUGACAGGAGUCUUGGCCUCAAGGGUUCUCAGCAUCACCUCUGCCACCAUCGAGGCCGAGGAGUUGAUUUGAUGGACUGAUCUGCAGAUGAGUUUGUUGGGGCCUCAGCCUUCCUGUGAUCUCAUUUCCAUCACUGGUCUGUUCUCUUGGGUUUCCAUCAUCAGCCUUGAGCCUGAGCCCUUCUGUAUCCCUGGGAAGGGCUGCUACGUAAAGACUGCACAGGGAUGAAUGGGAGAGAUGGGGAUGUCCCUUGCCACCAUGCUGAUUCCAUGUUGUCCUCAGGGAACAGAUGACACAGUUUCUCUCUUGAGCCCUGACUCCCUUGCAGCUUUCCCCCGGUGCACUUUCCUGACCAGGUGGAAUGCAGCCAGGGCCAGCAUCUGGGACAGCCAGGCAAAGGUGCACUGGGGGAGAUGUCCCAUCCUGGCACUGCUGGGUGCUGUGGCACAACUGGUGUCUGCUUGGCCAGGGCCUGGCUUGCAGGAUGCAAGCAGUGAUGGGUAUCACUCAGGGAUAUUGCCAUCCUUCUCGGUCCCUGAGCCUGCCACCAUGAUCAAAGACUGCUCUUGGCAAUGAUGAAGGAGCAGUACUCACACCAUGCUCAGGUAUUUGCUGCUAGAUGUAUUCAGUGCAAUAGUUACAGGCAUUAGUUGCUUCCUUCUUUCCUUUCUUCUUAAAAAAAAAAAGAAAAAAAAGCUGUAAUUUUGUUAAAUAAAAAUAAAAGCCCAUAGGUUGUU